AUGAAGGCGCUUUCCGGCGUUGACUUAAACGCCGUGCUCUUCUAUUUUUCCAUUAUUGAGUUGGUUGUUGCCGUCCUGACGGCAGUCCUGAACAUGUAUUUCACAGUGCGAAUUAGUCAGUUGUCAACGAUCAGCCCGAACUUGAGGACAAUCAUGGUGAGUGUUAGUUUGAAUUUGUUGAUUGCAAGCCCCCACAAAGGGUGGAACCGAAAUGAAACGCUGUCAACUUGUUGCUUAAAAGACGAUUUUUGGCUGGCUGCGUCAGCGGUGGACAUAGGAAAAAAUCGAUUUUGAGUUUUUUGCAUAGAAAUGACCGUCGGCAUGUUCUAGGGAAAAGCGAACAACAAAAUAUGUUACAGUAAUCUGAAAGGCUUAAUUUUCAAAAAAAAAUGAAUUCCCAAUGGUCGAAAACGUAUACAAACAAAAUUUUGGGUGAUUUGCUCUUUCUAUGACGUCACCAGGUCGAAAAUUCCAAAAAAGACAAACUUAAGCAAAUUUAUGCCCUCCGGGCAAAACUGAGAAAAACUGUUGUUCGCUUUUCCUUCGCACAUGUCGACGGUCAUUUUUAUGAAAAAACAUGAAAUUCGGGUUUUUAAAUUAAAAAAAUUUAAACUAAUUGUUCCUUUUCAAAAUGAAUGAUAUUGCUUGAUUGUUUGUUGUUAGAUUCUGACACACUUUCUCCCAGUGCAAGCGCAGGAUAUCAUGCGUUGGCACAAAAAUUGUCGCACAAUGGAAUUUUGACUUCAUAAGAAAGGAAGUCGGUUUUUUCAGCCUGCCAAACCUGAAUUUGGGCUUACGCAACGGAAAUGAUCCAUUGCCAAAAAACGUAACCAUUUUCUAUCCGGGAAGUGUCAAAAAAUGUAGUAAAAUGCCUCUUUCCAACUAAAAAGACUCCGUUUUGAAGGGGGCGCCCUUCAAAACGGUCCGCCACUGUAGCCUUUUUGACUUCUUUUGAGCGACUUUUCUAGACUUGAAUUUAAACUUGAACUUGAACCGAAGGUUUUCAAAACACCGAACUUGAACUAGCUUAUGAUCUUAUAUGAAAAACAAUUUGAUUUUGCCGCGACGCAAUUCAUUUCCCGGCGAUGAUGUGAUUUUCGAUGCGACAAGUGCACAAAAUUUUUUCCCGACAGACUGAUAAAAUUAGCCCACUUUGCAGACAAUCCAAACAAUAGUGGCGUCAGUACUGCCAUUCCUUCACUUCACCGCAACUCAAAUGCCCGAAACUCUCUACAGUUUCGAGAAUGGAAAUUACAUUACGGGAACAGUCUUUUACGCCGUCAUGAUAUGCAAUCAAAUCAUCGUGGUACUAUUUGAAGGCAAAUAUCUGCUGAUCGCAUUGGAGAGAUGUGUUGCUUACAACGCGCGAAAAGACUAUGAGACUCGUGGUUCCCAACUGGCUUACAAAUUGAUGGGAAUUACGGUAAUUCCGAGAUUCUUGUCGAAGAUGUAAACUUGAUUUCAGCUCUUCAUUACGAUUCCCGCACUGGUGUUGAAAUGGACGAUAAUUUGGCAGAUCUUUGAAGGCGCGCCGAUAGAUCUGCGGCUUCGAAAGACUUUUGUUUUGGACACGUAUUUCAACGGGUUACUUCCAAAUUAUGUUGCAGUACUUGCGUUUGUUGUGGGGGCCGUUGCAGUAAGUUUCGAUUAGGAACAUCAUUUGUUGGCGUUGUCACGCGCUGGGUUGGAACACGUGGAUUGAGGGUCUUUAUUCUAGCCUCUGUCUAAGGUCCCCAUCCCUAAUACAUAUAUAGGAUGCCGCGGGAUACGAUGAGCUGACUAUACCGUACGGUAGAACACAGUAGACACAAUAGAAAUACAGUUUAUUGACCAAUCGAACAACCGCCACAGCGGAAAAAGGCACAGAAAGAAUAAUUCACACUCUCUUUCACACUCCCAUUGACUGGAAGAUUUCCAUUCCUUUUAUACCAACUUGUCGGUCAUUCUGUGGGAAAAUGCAAAUUCGCGUGCGAAGUCGUGGCAUCGGUUCCACAACGCUUACGAAGCUUACGAAGCAUUGUGGAACUCACUCAUUUGCUCGGGGACAGCAUGUUAUGACCGUUUAUAGCAAAUUCAAAUGUUUUCACAAUACUUCUAUGGUGUUUGCUCAAAAUAGUCAACAUACGGCCCAAAAGGCCCGAUUGUUCUCUAUCUCCACCGUCGGGCAGGAUGUUUAAAUGCCGGGCCUGCCUUUGCAACCAAAAUAUCAGACUGUCGGUAAAAUAAUGUGGGUUUGUCAGGCCUUGAAGCCGCCCAUCGUGGCAUUGCCACGUCCAGCCGCAACUGGAGAUGGGGUGACUGCGACAAGGCGAGACACUUUUCUUUGACAAAUCCACAUUAUUUUCGCGACAGACUGAUAAAACUUCCUGAGGUGUUACAAUGAUGAUUCACAGUAUCUUGUUUUCAGUGCUUUCUCUGGCUCAACAACAAAGUCUGCAAUCACCACGCGUACGAGAGCUCAUUAUCCGAGCGCUACGAAAUUCGCCAAACAAAGGCUGUUCUUCACUACGUCAGGAGCCUGAUAAUUUCCUUUUUAAUUCUCACGUUUAUUUGUGGAUUGGGCGUGGUAAGCAUGUUAUACGGAAAGCACGUUUCCCAUAUGGACGAUGACUGUGUAGAGUUCAAGAUUAUCUACACUGUAAGUCGCGUAAUUUUAUGUAGAUUCGCUCUGACAGUUUGAUGUUUUAUGCUCUUUUAGUUUCUCUAUAUUUGCCUGUCGAUUUACAACUUUACCUCAAUGUUGUUUAUGAUUAGUGCCUUUCCUCGGCUGCAAAACGUCAUCUUCAAGGACUUCCCUUUCCUUUAUGGACGGCCCUCUGUCAUCAACUCUCCCAUGAAGCGCGACCACGUUGCAACGUCCCAAACGUACUUUCAACAGCUGAAAGAUGCAUGGGAUAUUAAGUAA